AGCCGUGAGGGGCGGGCGGUGCCGGGGCCUCCCUUCCCUGCCCGUGCUGUUCGGGGCCGCCGGCGGGGUUUGCACUGGAAUUUGUGAGCGUUUAUUUGUGAAAAUGAACCGAGGUUUAUGGACUCGUUUGGGGAUUUUUUUUCCCCCGCUACAGCCUGAUCUAUCCCCUCAGAGAAAGGUGUGAUGGAGGGAGAAGCCCCUCGGAGAGGGGCCGGCGUGCGAGAGGACAGCGGUGCCGUGCUGGAGGCCUCCGGGAGGGGGUGCACGGGCAGAGCACGAUGCCUUUCCUGCAUGGCUUCCGCAGGAUCGUCCUGGAGUGCCAGCCCCUGGUGGAUGAGCUCCUGGGGCUGCUGGCCACGCCCGACACGGAAGGGCAGAGCUCCCUGGAGAGCCCUGCCUGCCUGGACAAUGACAGGAGCCAGCUCUCAGCUGUGAGAAGAGUCCUGGAGAGAGAGACCCACUCCCCAUUUUAUCAGGAAGGUGUGAGCUAUGCCCUGCUGAAGGUCACUGAGCUGGGGCUCGUCCCAGCUGCAGAAAUCCUCUUGGAAUUUGGUGCUGACCUCAGCUUUGAAGACCCAGUCACCUACUACACGCCCCUGCACAUGGCAGUGCUGCGCAACCAGCCGGACGUGCUGGAGCUCCUGGUGCAGCACGGCGCCGACAUCAACCGCAGAGACCGGAUCCAUGAGAGCAGUCCCCUGGACCUGGCCAGCGAGGAGCCUGAGCGGUUGCCAUGCCUGCGGCGGCUACUGCAGCUGGGGGCCAACGUCAACGCUGCUGACAAGAACGGGAAGACAGCACUGCUGCAUGUCCUGGCCAGCAGUGACAGUGGCCAGAUCCACAACACUGACAGCAUCCGUCUCCUGCUGGAAGGAGGCGCAGAUGUCAGGGCUGCCACCAAAGAUGGCGACACUGUCUUCACCUAUGUCAUCUACCUGCUGGAAGAGAUGGCGUACAGCUAUACUGAGGAGGAGGCCGAGGCCAUCGAGAGUUUCUGCUUCCGUGUCACGCAGCUGCUGCUGGCCCACGGUGCCAACCCCAGCGAGUGCCCAGCCUCAGAGUCCCUCACACACUUCUGCUUAAAAAGCUUCAAUGACUACUUCCCACUGCUGCGCUUGUUGCUGGAGUCAGGUGCUGCCUACAACUGCUCCCUCCAUGGUCCCUCGUGCUGGUCCGGCUUCCACAUCGCCUUUGAGCACCUCUGCUGGCACCUCAGUCGCUUUGAUGAUGAAGCCCUCAUCCAGAAGGGUCAGACUCUGCUGGAGCUCAUGAUGGCCAGUUCACAAGCCAUCCAGCUGCCCAGCAAUUUUGAGGUCAACACCAGCAGCUGUAGGUUCCAUGGGGAGAAGGUCCAGACUCUGUUCUGCUCUCUGAAGCAGCUGGAGCGCUCGCCACAGACACUGAAAAACCUCUGCAGGGUGUUCAUCCGGCAGCGCCUCAAACCGUGGCCAGUGGGUGACAAAAUCAAGUCUCUGCCUCUCCCAGACCGGCUGAAGAGGUACCUCCUCAUUGACCAUGCUGCUGCUGGCCACGAGGACCUGUGAGCCUGGCAGUGCCUCUGUCUGCUCCCUCCACAGCCCUGCUGUGCCUACAGCCACCAUAUCUCUGCUCUGAGACAGUUUGCAGCAAGAGGUGCUGCCCAUGGAGUCCCUCUCUGUGGCAUUCUGGGGGUGUUUUCUUGGGCACAACAUCACACCUGUGUUUGUGAAGGUCUCGUUGCUCUGGGGCACGUCAUGGGAAGGCAGGCAGAGCUCCUGGGUGUGGGGGAGCUGGAUACUGGGGCUGGUUUGGAGGGAGAUUACUUGGGGGCUGUGACUGGACAGGCAGCCUGUCUCUCUCCCAGCCCUGCCAUGGGUGGGUGAUGCAGUGCCUUAAGUGUCCAAUGGAGUUGAGAGAUGCCUCAAGGUGCUGGGAGAAGGAAAAGGUGUUCUGGCUUUCCUGCCUGUGGUCCUGGUGGUGGAAGUAGAUCUGGCAUCAUCCUGUGGGUGUGGAUGCCUUCCUUGCUCAGUGUGAACUUCUGACACUGGGGAUGGGAGUGAAAUGAGGCUGACUGAGCUUCUGCACCCCAUCCUGGCACAGAGGAACAUCCACCAAGGACAUCUCAGAGUUACUGGGCUCCAAAACACAAAGGGAUGUUUCCUAACAUCAUGGUGUGUUCCCUGUGCAAGGAUGAGGAAUGGGCAGUCAGCAGCUGAGUGCCUUGUGCCUCCCUCCCCAUUCCUUGGGUCUUUCCCUUGGUGACCACUCCCAGGAUCUUAUUCUCCAGUGCCUCCUUCCCAGAAGGAAUUGCAGCACCUGGAGGGCUCAUGUUCCAGCCUUGCCACGGCUGCCUGGCUCCCCUUUCUAGGCACCUGCUUCCUCGUGACAUGCCAAAGGCUGGCCACAGAGCUGAGCCCCACAGUUUUGUUGGUUUGUAGUAUUUUUCAUGGGGGAUAGAUGCAGUAGAUGAAGAGGAAAAAUCUGUUCUGGUUAAAGAGUUUGUAUCAGGUGGAUCUGGGAUUCACUGGGAUUUGGAACUGGAACUGUGUAUCCUGAUGAACUGGUGCUUAAAAAAAACCAGUAAUGUGAUCAAAUUCUGCCCUGCUGUCUGGAAUGGGAACUGAACUAUUAAACGAGGCCUUCUAUAGUAACAA